CAUCUUUUCUUUUCAUGAAAAGUGGCACGGUCACGACGUGUAUUAUUAAAAUUUAAGCAAUUCUAAUUGUAUUACUAAAGGCUGACAUUAAAUUGGUUAUGCUUAGAUUAUAAGUAAAAGUAAAUAACAUUACCAUGGAUAAAUCUACAGAUCUAUCGGAGGCAACCUCUGUAAAUAGUGAGAAGCGUACAGAAGACGCUGAAGAAAGCAUUAAAAGAAAAGCUGAUAAUCAAGACGUUAAUGAAGAUGCUCCUACAAAUAAGGUUAAAAGAAGUGAGGAACAUGCGACAGUCGUAGCCGCUCACUAUAAUCACCUGGAAGAAAAAGGAUUGAAAGAACGGUUCAAUUCUCCUAUAUUUUAUCUUAGAAAUUUUAACAACUGGGUAAAAAGUGUCCUAAUUCAAGAAUAUACCGAUAAAAUCAGAGAAAAAGAUUACGGCAAAGCUUUAAGAGUUUUAGAUAUAUGUUGUGGUAAAGGAGGUGAUCUCAGCAAAUGGCAGAAAGCCAGAGUAGAACGUGUCGUAUUUGCUGACAUCGCUCAGGUUUCUGUUCAGCAAUGUGAAACCAGAUACCAAGAUCUUCGUAAAAGAUGUGGUCACCUGUAUUCUGCAGAAUUCAUAGCAGCAGAUUGUACAAAAGACACACUUCGUGACAAAUAUACUGACCCAUCUAUCAGUUUUGACCUUGUUAGUUGCCAAUUUGGCCUACAUUACAGUUUUGAAAGUCUGUCUCAAGCUAGACGGAUGCUGACUAAUAUAUCAGAAUGCUUGAGACCUGAUGGAUAUUUUUUUGGGACCAUUCCCAAUGCAUAUGAGAUUGUAUCUCGUGCUCAGAAAUCAAAAGAUUUGACUUUUGGGAACAGAAUCUUCAAUAUCAAAUUACUUUUUGAUCCUAAAGAAGGAUACCCUAUAUUUGGAGCAAAAUACGAUUUUAAUUUAGAAGGUGUCGUAGAUUGUCCAGAGUUCUUAGUAAAUUUUGAGCUUUUUGUCAAAUUGGCCGCUGAGUUUGGGCUUGAAUUAAUAUAUAAAGCGAAAUUUUCUGACUUUUACAAAGAUCAUUCAGAGAAAUAUAAACAACUAUUGCACAGAAUAAUAUGCUUUGAAAGUUAUCCAGCGCCACCAGGCAAAGAGCUCAUUGGUGACGUUGCAGAAUAUGAACAUGCCCGCAAGUACUGGGAAGAGCUUGAAGAUAAGAAGGAACGGGACCGCAUUGGCACAAUGAGUGUUUGUGAAUGGGAAGUUGCAACUAUUUACAUGGCUUUUGCAUUCAAGAAAAGAAAGCCUGUGUGGGAUGCUGAUGGCAAGCCGUCUUACAAUAUCUCAACUGAUAAAAGUGAUUCUAGCAAUAAUAAAUAAUAAUUAUAUUAUUUUUGGAAAUAAAAUGUGUUCAAUAAGACAUUA